CAGGAAUUGAGGCAACAAAGGGGCCGUGAACAAAAUAAAAACACACUUUGGGGCAGCGGCACCAGCGGCAGCACUAGCAGCAGUAGACGCAAGUAGCACGAUGACGUCCUGUAUUGGAACCUUGCAUUAGGGCUUUCGUUUUUGUACAAAUCAUCACGCGACCGUCUGCUGUGGCUUCCUGUGGCCAGCGCCCAUCAAGCUUCCAACGAGGAAGGGCACGCGAGCAAAAACCCCGUUCGCCGAUGGUACCGUACGGAAAACUUUUUCUUCCGUACGCCGCUAGCGCCAACUUGCACCAAACAGAAGCCUCGAGCAGCUUGUUACAGUGGGCUCACGGGCCCGCGCUAACUCUUUGCAAACACCGAGCGGUCCGCCCACAAGUUCCAGUAAGAGAAUUGGUCGUGCGCCAAGUUUCCUGAUUGAAGUUUGUCGGCGAUGCCGUCACCCGGCCAGACGGGCGCUAGCAUGAGGCUGCUGGUGAUUGGCGAGCUCGGAGAUCGUGAAGAAUAAGACGGCUGUCGCGCCAGACACAGAUGGAAGCGGCUUCUCAUGACGAGUUACGGUGAAGCAUGCCACUGUAGAUGGCUCCGGCGUGACAGACGCCUUCCUUAGAACAGGCCGUCGUAAAAACAGGCUCGGCCAGUGCAAAAAGGGCAAAGGCGGGGGGGGGGGAUUCUGCGUGCGUUCAAUAAAACAGGGAGACUUGGAGCGCACUCAUCAACAAGCCCAUUCGACAGUAGAGUUUUGUUUUUCUUAAAACUAAGCAUCCCAGCUGCGUGGACAGCAUAUCUUUUUACAGUUGUCCACAAUAGACACCAAGCAAAAUGGCCUUCACCAUGCGGGUGGCCACAAAGGCUGAUGCUGCGGCACUUACGGAGGUGUACCUAGAUUCAUUCACAGACGAGAUCUUUAGCCGCCAAGUAUAUCCUCGCGAUGCAAAGUCCAGCUACACGUACUGGUUCAACGCCAUGUCCGAAGAACUGGACGAGCCUGACGCCACAUUCUUAGUGGUAACAGAACCUGCUGAGGGUGAUAAACCAGAAUAUAUUGUCGGAUUUCUCAAAUGGGCCAGUCCCGAUGCACCUGUACAUGACGGAGAUGAUGAGCAAGACGUUUACCCAAAGGAGGGAUUGCCAGAAACUGCUGUUGAGUUCUACACCAAAGUUGCGGCACACCACAGGAAACUGCUAGGCACGACAAGGCAUUGGUACCUCGACAUGAUGGGCGUUCGCCGGGCUUACACGGGCAAGGGUGGUGCUAAGCAAAUGGUUGAAUGGGGACUUGAAAAGGCCAAACAAGAUGGCGUGCCCUGCUUCACAGAGGCUACUGGUCAGGCCAAGACGUUCUAUGAAAGAUUUGAGUUCAAAACGGUGGACUUUAUGUCAAUUGAGACGCCGCAGGGACCAGCAGAGAUCUAUUAUAUGAUCCGUGAAGUUGAAUAGACGAGGCUGACACAGCCGUUGCAUUGUUUGGGACCGUGGUUGCACUAGCAUAGAGAUAUGACGACAUUUGAAUCUGGGGGAUCUGCGCGGCUCACUUUGUGUUGCUAAUCACACUUUUUAAGAUUUCCAACAACUCUGCAUCAAAGUUUUUGCCCUUAAUGACUUCGUUUUUUUCUUCUAAAAACCAUAACCAUAACUAUAAAAAUGCAUAUAGAACUAUUUAAAUCCUUUGGCGUAGCCUUCCCUUGUUGCUCGUGACUAUCCAGAUUCCUCUUCCAAACAUCCAUCAUUCUUGCUACCCAUUUUCUUGCCACG